UGUGGGAGCCAGGUUUGGAAGGCAGGGUGAAGUGAAAGCACUGAUGCAUUGGAAAGCUGUCUCUGCAAUAAUUUGGCAUGCACCAGGCAGCAGCACCGUGCCCUGUUUGUUGUUUUGGUAGAGCUCACGUAUUUGCAGAGCAGCCCAAUUCCUUCUGACCGAGCAGCAAAGUGCUAAUGUAAUUUCCCAGGAUUCUGUCAUCAGGGCUGGCUGUAUUUGAUAGGAUGGAGUGCUUUGUCAGGCUGCUGCCUGUGCUGUCAGGGACAGGCUAUAAAUACACACAUGCUUCUGCAUUUCCCUAUCUCUCACUCUGUAAGAGGAAAUGGGCUUGCGAUUAGCAUUCAGAGGAACUUGUGAAAUGACACAGCUGUGCUGUAAAAAACACCAUCCCACCGACUCUGCUGCCUGAGGAACUCUCCAACCAGCAGGGACAGACCCCAGAGCAGGGGCGCCCAGCCAUGGAGCGAGAACCGAUGCGCGUAAGGGAGGGCUACUUGGUGAAGAAGGGCAGCAUGUUUAAUACCUGGAAGCCAAUGUGGGUUGUGCUCUUAGAAGAUGGAAUUGAAUUCUACAAGCGGAAGGCUGAUAACAGUCCCAAAGGCAUGAUCCCACUAAAAGGAAGCUCCAUUCACAGCCCAUGCCAAGAUUUUGGCAAAAGAAUGUUUGUCUUCAAGCUCACUGUGGCCAAGCAGCAGGACCACUUUUUUCAAGCUGCCUACCUGGAGGAGAGGGACGCCUGGGUGCGGGAUAUCAAGAAAGCAAUUCAUCGCAUAGAUGGAGGCCAAAGGUUUGCCAGAAAAUCCACAAGAAAGUCCAUCAGGCUGCCUGAGACAAUCAAUCUGAGUGCUUUGUACCUCUCAAUGAAAGAUCCUGAAAAGGGAAUAAAGGAGUUGAAGCUGGAAAAAGAUAAAAGAGUGUUCAAUUACUGCUUUACAGGCACCUGUGUGAUUGACUGGCUGGUGUCCAGCAGCUCCGUCCGAAAUCGCAGAGAAGGUCUCCUGCUUGCCUCUUCCCUCCUGAGUGAAGGCUACCUACAGCCUGCUGGGGAUACAUCCAAGGCAGCUGCUGAGGGACUGUCAGACACCCCCUUCCUAGAUCUCAGUGAUGCCUACUAUUACUUUCCAGACAGUGGAUUUUUCUGUGAGGGAUAUUCCAGUGAUGAUGAUGUGGUCCUAAAAGAAGAAUUCAGAGGCACAAUUGUCAAACAAGGAUGUUUGCUGAAACAGGGACAUCGGAGGAAGAACUGGAAAGUGAGAAAGUUUGUUUUAAGAGAUGAUCCUGCAUAUCUUCACUAUUAUGAUCCUGCUGGAGGAGAAGAACCACUGGGAGCAAUUCACUUGAGAGGCUGUGUGGUGACAGCAGUGGAAGACAUGCCAGACACCAAGAAGCAUGAUGAUGACAACAUCCUCUUUGAAAUCAUCACAGCAAACGAAAUCCACUAUUACUUGCAAGCAGCCUCAUCCACAGAGCGCACAGAGUGGAUCAAAGCAAUCCAGUCAGUGGCUAGGACUGGUAAAUGAAGAUGAUCUCCCAACAAGAAGACAGACAAAUUAAGUUAGUUAUUCAAAAUAGAAUUUAGCAUUUCACCAAGAGAAAGCAGUAUCAUCCCAAAGGGCUUGUGUGUUGGGGUUGAGGACUGGGUGGAAGUUUCAAUUCUAGAGUGGGCACUAACAAACUAACAUUUUUCCACUUGUGUUAUGGUAAUAUUUUACUAAAUUAUAACAUAGAACAUGCCAUAUUAGUGUGUCUAAUCAGUAAUCAGUCUAUCUUGAGAAGGUUGUGCCUGUUGCCACAGCUGAUAGUGGGAACCUCACCAUUAACAGGGAACAGUGCCAUGUCCCUGACAGAGAGGACCUCAAUUCAUCACCCUCUUCAGCACUUGUGAUGUGCUUUGGGGUUUUCAUGUAUUUCAGUCUUCUCCAGACAAUUUUUACACGUUCUUCUUCACCAGAUCUUAUUGCUGCUUGUUCACUUAUACAAAUAAUGCCAUAGAUAUAAAGCAAAGAAGUCAACUCACUCAGAAACCUUUAUAAUCUGUCAGCAUUAAGGGAGGGGAAAAUGCAGACAACUAUGGAAAACAUCAUGUGGAACCAAGUAUAACUCCAUGACAGCAGUAUGAGGAAAAGUCUCUUCCUACAGUAUUUCAAACACAAAACAAUCUCCCUUCAAACUCCAUAUCAUCCAGUUUUAAACCUUGCCAAAUUUCUGCACAAGAAUCUCUCCUGGGACCAUUGUUUCCCUUUAUUUAGGUCUGCAGAGCAGAUGCUGGGUUGUCAGGUACUGUACUCUAUUUGAAUUAAGAAUCUUGCAGGAGAAGGGAAAGGAUGCAUGGGUCGGUUACUUGAACUAUUGAUUGAAGUGGUUUUGAUUAUGUUUUCCUUUUUUAGCCUCCAGCAACAUAUUCAGUCCUUGAUUCUGUGCCUUAGUAAUAUAAGAGAAACCUUGUGCUUGUACCUCAAAUAAAUAUUUUUAUUUGAUAAGGUCAGUUCACCUGAUUAACCCUUGCAUUUUUGUCUGACUGUAUAUCAAACAAACUUCUAAGUCUUAAACUCUAAGGAGGAGUUGAAAACCAAGUUAAUGUUAGAUUGCGCAUCUGUUCCUGGUCAUGUAAGACUGAUGUUUGAGUGAAGGAAACUUCAAAAUCUUUGAAACCUUGUUCACAGAUCUAAUUAGGUAUUUUAUCCUGAAGAAUUCUUAUUGGGAUCUCUUCCAUCUAAAAAUAAAAGCAGAGCUAAAGCUUCUCUUCAGUUGUGCGUAAUUAUACCUGUAGCUGAGCUAAUGAGCCUGAAGCCCCGUUGCUUUGAAUUACUUAUCCUGAAGAAACCACAGCUCUGCAGGAGCAGCAGUCUGAGACACUGCAUUAUCAUGUCCUCUUAAGCUGGCCAGCAGAAAUCAGCUUCUGGCAGACAUUUCCUCUGCCACAUGCAAGCUCACAGGAUCGUUGAAGUCUGAUGUGUCAUUCUGAGGAAGGAAGACUCAUGGUUAAAAGACCCACUGUUUGGUCAGCUUGCUUUCUUGAUAAUUGCUGCUUGUUGCUGCUUAUUUUUCCUUUCAGAGCUCACUAACCCAAAAAUACCCAAGGGCACAGGAAAAGAGAAAAAAAAUACCCCGCACAACCACACAACGAAACUUGUCCAGCUUACCAAAGGGAGGGGCAUGACUGGCACAGUUUAAUAAAACUAAAAUGUUUUACAGGUCUAUGACCUUAUCAUUUUAAUUUGUGCCCAGUCCAAGGUAUGGCUGUCCACCUAUGAAUGGUGUUUUCUCAGGCAGAGGACGAUAAUCAGUACAUUUAGGGAAGAGCUCUUAUGUUUGUACCAUCCUAUAUUGAUGGGAUCUGUAAUCUCAUGGGUAGUGCUUCAGAAGACACAUGUCAAGGGUUUGGAGGUGCCUCUGCUUCUUGGCAGCAGAUCUUGUCCAAGAACAGAGAAGAUCUUGGAGAAGACUUGUCCAAGGGAAUUCAGUAUUAAAAAGCAACUACAUGUCUACUAGAGAUGAUAAGGCCAGCCCAGUAACUCAGAAGGCAUGGAAGAGGCACAGGUACUGAAUACUGGCACAAAGAAGAGAGAAUAGCUUUGUGCCAGGAACUACUAAACAAAAAGGAGGAAACAGAAGACCAGACCUACACAUGUCAUGCUUCCUCUAACUUUCACCCUCUAACUAUUUAAAUCACACGCCUACUACGCCCUCAGCAAUUACCUCCUUAACAUCAGUUUCUUUUGUGCUUAUGAAAAAGAACUAGUCUAAAGGACAGCAAAAUAAACAAAGCAUUGUGGGUAAGGCUUGUAUUUAUAAUCUUCAGUUACUGCAAGACUUGUAUAAUAUGAUCUCAUAUAAAUAUCCUCUUAAGUUCAUGUUGAUCUUGCCACAAUUUGCACUGAGCAAUUUUCCCUCCCCUGGAACACUGCCCACGUGCUUACUGCAGUUAGGGUCAUAUUUUUGGGCGUGUUGACUAACCAUGCACCCAUUAAAACACCCACACAGACACAGCGCUCCCACUUCCAUUUUAAAAUGGAGUUUAAAAGAAAAUGGUCCUAAGCAAACCACAAACACAUGCUGAAAAAUAAUCACCCCAGCCCAACAAGCUCUCAGCUACAGGUGUUAGUGCUUCUUAGAAUCCAACAAGCACCACAUAUGGAGGUGGUUUGGACUUAAUAUGUCUCAAGCAUUUUUUUCCGAAGAGAAAAAUGUUACUGUUUACUUUCCUUGCCCCACAGCUUUCUUCUGAAGGGUAAGGUGGUGUAGCUUUGUUAAUAAGUGUGGUUAUUUUGGUGCUUUUCUUUGCAGUGUGGUGUCUUUGCUUUUUAUUUGAAAGAGUAGUUAACACAAAGAAUGAAAGGUUUACUGAAAAUGUGUUUUAGUAGAAGAACAGUUUACUUAGCAAUAUUUAGUUAAAGUUUGUUCAUAAAGACAGAAACUCGUUAAGGCCUCUGAGGUAUCUAACAUUUACUGUCAAACCUCUCUUUUAGAAAAGUUUUUAUUUUCGUUUCUUCUCACAAAUGUAACACACAUGUAACUCUAGUGCAGUAGUACCUCCUCUUUUGUCUUUGGCUUAGAGUUCAUUUUUCUACAAAUGUUAAUCACCUAUUUCCCCCCGCUAAUUUGUUCUCAAAUAUUUGAGAAGUUAUUUUAAAUUUAAACUACUUGCUUCACAGGGCUCUUGAUUAGUGCUUUUCACUGUUCGAAAUGUGCCUUCAUUUGUUCUAAUUUCAAGCUUGGGCAACACUGAAAUCCAGAAAAAAUUUCCUUAAAUAAUCUUUUUGGUG